AUGCCGCUAGUGCUUUUUACAGGAUACCCAUGCAGUGGUAAAACAACGCUCGCCAAACAUCUAGUGCAGCUACUACAAUCUAAAAUCGAUGCAACCCCAUCACUAAGUAAAUAUUCCAUAGUUUAUCAUUCCGAUGAGACGCUGGGAAUCAAGCAUUCAGACUACAUAACUUCACAAGACGAAAGAAAACUGAGAUCGGAAAUCAUCUCCGCGGUGAAAAGAGACUUGUCCAGGAACAAAAUAGUCAUAGUAGAUUCCUUGAACUAUAUUAAGGGUUUCCGGUAUCAACUUCACUGUGAAGUGAAAAACUUGUCCACCACGUUCUGCGUAAUUCAAACUCUUUGUCCACCAGAAACGAUAUUUGAAUGGAACAAUACCUCGAACGUAAAUCCCUGGGAACCAGAAUUAUUGAACCAGUUGAUCCAAAGAUACGAAGAACCUAAUUCAAACAAUCGUUGGGAUUCUCCGCUUUUCGCUAUUCUCACUCCACAGGACAAUAUAACCGAGUGUAUUGAUGAUCUCUACAAAGUAGUCUUCCAAACUUCCAAAUCGGCCAAAAACAGCGGACACAAUGACCCAUUGAAUAAAGGCCUACAGAAACCAAACUCCGCAACCGUGUUAAAACCUGCAUCUCAAUCCAAUUUCAUUCAAGUCCUCGAUGUGGAAACCACCAAGAUAAUAAAAGUGAUAAUGAACCACAUUAAAAGUCUGACCUCGAUUGGCGGGGUGAGCAACGGUACAAGAGUCAUUGUUUCUGAAGGUGUCACGGACAUCAAUGACGACGGAUGCUUUUUCGUGGAUCUACCCAUCGGUAAUGUCGUCACUUUGGCGCAAUUGCAGAGAUUAAAAAGACAAUUCAUCAACUUUAAUAGACUAAGAGAUAUAGAUCAAGAUAGAAUAGGCGCCCUUUUCGCGGACUAUCUCAAUAAGAACUUAAAUUGA